GCCCCCGACCGCGCAGUGCGGGGCCGAGCGAUCGGGGAGCUCGCCGGUCCGCCUCUCCAGACCUCCGCGCGCGGCCGGGGUGGCGCGGGGUUCCACUCUGUAUAGUAGUGCCACAGCAUUCUGUGUAUUAAUUUUGUAUCCUGUAACUUUGCUGAAUUCAGAUAUUAUCUAGAAGUUUUGGAGUGGAUUCUUUUGGGUUUCUAUUAUAUACAAUAUCAUGUCUUCUGCAAACAGGGACAGUUUGACUUCUUCCUUACCAAUCUGAAUACUGGUUUUUAUUUCUACCUGGCACAACUUCAUUGGGUAAUUGCCAUUCAUAUUGAAGUGCUAAGGUAACUAAAGUACUACAGAUAAGUAACAUAUCAGGAAUGUGCAUUUUAAAAUAAGUUAUCCGGUUUUUUUCUUUGUAUAUAUUUUUUUCAGAUGGAUUGCAAUUACCGUGGAUAUGUUGGGUUUCCAAAUUCUCUUGUGUCACUCAACACUUGUUCAGGACUCAGGGGAACACUGCAGUUUAAAAACAUCUCAUAUGGAAUUGAACCAACAGAGACUGUAUCAGGAUUCUUGCACAUCAUUUAUGAAGAAGAAAAUGAUAACCCUAAUAUUCCUCUCUUGGGAGACAAUGACACAUAUAGCCGUAAUAAUUUGCAGUAUCAAGACAGUAAAAGUUCAGAGUUAAUGCCACUUUGUAAAAUGUGUAGGAAAUCAUCUGAUGAAGGCUGUGACUUCCCUGAAUAUUGCAGUGGGGUUUCCUCGUACUGUGUGCCUGACACUCACGCACACAACGGACAAACUUGCGAUUCAGGUGAUUCCUUCUGUUACAUGGGAUGAUGUCGGAUGUUUACCAAACAGUGUAGAAAUUUAAUUGGAGGAGCUUCUAGAGGUGCCUCAUUUGCUUGUUUUGAUGAAAUAAAUUCAAGAGUUGAUAGAUAUGGAAACUGUGGCCAAAAUUCUUGUAAUUAUGUCCACAGCGCCGCGCGGUCGAGGGCCUCAGACACGCGAAGGCGCCCGGAAAGCACAAGCGGUCCCAAGUUGGCGAGCCGGAAUGUGAAGAAAAACAUUGCCCUGCCCGGCCUCCGUCCCGACCCCACCCAGCCGCGCUCCCACUGGCUGCCUGCCCCGCAGCGCCGCGGGAUCAUUGGCCGCGGGUACCGUUGCUACCGUUGCUACCGUUGCGAGUGCCGGCGGGAGAGAGCGCUCCCGCGGCACCCUGCGUGCUUCGGUCCGUCGACCCUGCCCGCCGUCCCGUCUGCGCAGCGGAACCGGCGGAGACCAGAUGUUGAUGGACCCGCGAAGUUCUGGGCUCUCGGUGUGCUCGGCUGCGCCUUCCUCCAGAUACACGUGCGCUGGCGGCACCGACCUCGCCCCCAGCCUCGGAUCGCCUCCUCGCGCCCGCUGGGCUCCCGGUGCCGUAGUUGCCCCUACUCGGCUUUCCCGCAGCAGGCGGAGGGCCAAAGCGGUCCAGGUGAGGGAGAUCGACCCGGACUUCAGGCCGCUGGCCCGUCCGGACUUCAGCCAGUCGAGCUCUGCCACCUCCAGCCGGUGCCGUCGGGCGGCGCGACCGGGAACCCCGACGCCGCGCGGGACUGCCUUCGGCCUCGGCGGCCGCUGAGGGCAGCCGCGCAACGCGUGGGGCAACCUGUCCCACGCCGACCGCAUCGCCAAGGCCGUCGAGAGCUCGGCGGAGAAGCGGCUCCCGCUGCUGAUCUGCGGUGGAGGGUCCAGAGCGGGACCCACUUCAGGGAUGAGGGCGACAGCGACGGCCCUGCACGCUGGAAGAUUUCCUAUGAAGCAACCCUCAUUGCUUUCCUGGAUGAGGUGGUGGUAUAAAAACAAGGGAAGGACUGAUACAUGCUACAUCUGGAUGAACCCUGAAAACAUUAGGCUAAGUAAGAGAAGCCAGAUGCAAAAGGCCACGUGACGUAUAAUUCCAGAUAUUUUAUAGUGCUGGACUCACCCUGCUUCUUGUGAUGACGUGAGAUGAUGAAACGCCUCCAUGAUGAGAUGAAGUGAGGUGAGCGACCUAGACAUUGUGACGGAGCGUUAGGCUACUGCUGACCUUCUGAUGAUUCCAGACCAGUUUACUGAGGAUAACUGAAACCAUGGAAAACAAAGCAAUGGAUAAGAGGGGACUGUUGUAUAUAUAUAGAUACUGUAUAUAUAUAUGUGUGUGUGAAUAUAUAUAUAUUUCCUACAAACAAUAGGCAGACAACUGAAAAAAAAAAUUGGCAAAAGACAUGAACAGCUGUAUCACAAAAGACCAUAUCCAAACAGCCAAUAAAACAGGGACACAAAGCCCACCCAACCUCAUUCCUCAUCAGGGAAAUUCAAACUUAAACCACUGAACAUCCACCAGAAGGGCAAAAUACAAAAGAUUGAUGAUACCAAGGUCGAUACGAUGUGGAGAAACCGGAUCUCCCAAACAUUACUGGUAGGAGUAUAAAUUGGUAUAAGUGCUUUGGAAAACUGUUUGGCAAGAUCUCUUUGUGCUAAACAAAUACCUGCCCAAUGACCCAGCAAUUCCACACUUAGGUGUGUGUGUAUGUUUAUAUGUAUGUGUACCUGUAACAUAUGUAUAGCUAAUG